GAAGCGGUGAUGUUGCGUGAUCUGAUCUACGUGAUGCAGGGAAUCAGCGGAGCGUACAUCAGCUGGAACGAGCAGAUGGGGGCAUUCACAAUCCGUGCCGAGGUGCGGCUGUCGCGGCCCACGCGGGCAAUGGUAAUGACGCUGUCAGAGCUGGGCAGCCUGUGCCGCGAUAUCCAGCAAUUCAUUGCCGAGACGGAGCGGCAGGGCAAGCUGUACCAGCAAAGCUUCUGCGCAGAGCUGCAGCGCGAGAUGACGCAGUACUUCAAGCUGGUGGCGGUGCUGGAGGCCCAACUGACCAAGGCCCCAGCACACCUGGAGCCGGGCGAGUCGGCGCUGGGGCUGACGCUGCGGCGGAUGUAUGCGUGGACGAUCGAGCCGAUGCAGAAGCUGCGGCUGAUGGUGACGGCGAUCCGCAAAGUGCAGGAGGGCAAGGGCGGCGGCGAGCUUCUGUCGACGCUAAGCACGCUGACGGAUGACGGCGACCCAUUCAUCCACUCGUUCUCGCGGCGGCUCUUGCUGACAGCGUCGGCGCCGUUCAACGAGACGCUGGUGCGGUGGGUCACGGACGGCGAGCUGGUGGAUCCAUACGAGGAGUUCUUCAUCAAGGUCAAGGCCGACCAGGGCGACAAGCUGUGGGACGGCAAGUACAGCGUGGCCCAGGAUAUGAUCCCCGUGCAUAUCAACGGCGAUAUGCCGUGGAAAAUCUACCAGAUUGGCCGUUCGCUGAACUUUCUGCGGGUCGCGUGCGACGACGGCAAGUGGGUAGCCGAGCAGGGCCCGCGCACGCAGCUCACCGAGGACCUGGCGGAUCCAGGGGCUUUGGAGCGUUUUGUGUAUCGGUCGUCGUCGAUGGUCAACGAGCGGCUGAUGCAUGUGCUGAUGGACCGGUUCCAGCUGAUGGGCCAUAUGCAGGCGCUACGGCGGUACCUGCUGCUGGAGCAGGGCGAUUUCUCGCUGGCGCUGGUUGAGACGCUGGACAAUCUGCGCAAGCGCAUGGCGCGGUCAUACGGCCUGUCAGGGUACGCCAAGGACAAGGGCGGCCCUGAUCUGUCGGCGGCGCUGACGUCCGCUAUCCGAGCGUCCAAUGCGCAAUACGAGCCGUCCGAGUUCAUUGCGGCCAUGCGGCUGCUGUUCCGGACCAGUGAGGAUGGCGCUGAGCCGGCAGCAUCGGUAAGCGACGAUGUGAGCAUCACGUAUGUACUAGCAGAGCCACUUGAUUCGGUGAUUCCGCGCAAGACCAUGCGGCGGUACAGCGAGAUCAACCGCUUUCUGCUGAAGCUGAAGCGCGUGGAGCACUCGCUGAGCCAGCUGUGGCAGCGCCAGAUGGGGGCGGCGCGGGCAGCAUUGCGGGACAGCGAGCUGCGGCGGCGGCGCAAGAGCAAUGGGAUUGGCGAGUCGCCGCUGGUGACUGCGGAGCUGCGGCAGAUGUACCGCGAGAGCGAGAUUGCGUGCUCGGAGAUGGUGCAGUUUUUCCACCAGGUGCAGCGGUACAUCUCGCUCAAUGUCAUCGAGGGCGCGUGGGGCGACUUUGUUGCGGCCACCAAGCCCGGCCACGGCGAGGCCGACAUUGACCGGUGGAGCAAGGCCCACACAAAGUACGUUGACACCAUC